UUUCGAAAGCAUGCAUUAUAUAGGUGGAUUGUAGUUCAGACUAGGGAUAUUCUAGGGAGAUGCACAAUCGUGUUGUGAAUUGUGAACUGUGAAGUAAAUGUCCCCUACUCUAUGCAAAUUGCACAUGGUUUGAAGAAGAUAUAAUAGGAAAUACAAGAAAUAUUUGAUUGCCAAGUGUUGAGUUAACUAGGGGACGGUCUUAAUGACCUCAAGUAGGAGUGCCAUUUACUGAUAAACCAUAAUAACCAUCAAACAAUACGAAGUUCUAACCAGUAAGGUUAGGUUACCACACAAAAAACAUUUUUCUACAAAAGCAUAUAGCUUAUUAAGAAUUGUCAAAAAAAUGGCAAGUUUAUCUAGCACACCAUUUCUCCAAGUUUCAAAAGUCUGUCAUCAAGUGCUAAGAGAUUUCCAUGUUAGUACUGCGACAUGCUUAAAUCAUAAAUGGCGAAAAGAAAGAAAAUUGCCUUCAAAUCCAAAUUCAUUUGGCCCAUUAACCAAUUUACCUGAUUACUCGUUCCAAGACAAUAGACCAGUUCCUUACGGCACCAAUCAGAAGAAACGCAUUGAUCAACAGCGUGAACAAUUUAUCAAGAUAAAGGAGCUUACUGGACAAAUCGAUCAUGCAGUUAAAAGACAUGCUUUAUUGGAAAGACAAGAAGAAGAAAGAAGAAAGCAAAUUCUUGAUUCCAAGUUGAAAGAGAAGGGCAGUAAACUUAUAUCGAGUAACGUCCAAGCCAGCAGAGAUGAAUAAUAUUAACAUGUUAAUUAUUUUGUAUUAUAGAUUUUCACAAUAUACCUGUUACAGAGACUA